GUGACUAUAGAAGAAGUUGCAGACAAACUUGCUAACACUGUUGUUUUUACAGCUCUAGACGCCUGCAGUGGGUUCUGGCAGCUCCCAGUUGAUGGAGCAAGUUCAAAGGUUCUGUAGGCUACCGGUUCUGUGGCUCCAGCGCCAGAGAUAUACCAGCGAGAGAUGGAACGGCUGUUUGAAGGUUUCCCAGUUGAAAUCAUUGUGGAUGACUUCCUCAUACAUGCACAAGACCAGUCUUCCAGUCCAGAAAUGGAUAAAAAACUGUUAAUGGUACUGGAGCGAAGUCGAGAGCGUGCACGACUUGUCUUAGCGGCAAAAGGUUUGGAUUACGAAUGCGUGAAUGUGAAUUUGAAGCGUAAACCAGACUGGUUUCAAUCGGAUCCCGAUUGUGAGGGCAAGGUACCUGCUCUGGAAACAAUGGACGGCAAACUGAUCCCGGAGUCAGUUAUCAUUUGUGAAUUUCUUGAAGAUCAAUAUCCAAAGAUCCAAUUCUACCCGAGCGACCCCUACUUGAAAAGCAGACAAAAACUCCUCAUUCAAAGGUUUGACAGGGUGAUGUCGAGCUAUUUCCGCCUGUUGAAUGGGACGGGAGAUGCAGAGGAGAAUGUGCUGCAGCUGACAAGACACUUCCAGACAUACGAACAAGAGCUUUUCGUCAGCAACACUGUUUUCUUUGGAGGAGAAAAGCCGGGGAUGCUGGACUACUUUUUAUGGCCAUUCUUCGGACGCCUUCCGACAGCCGAGCACGAGUUUCCGAUGAUCGGAGAGAACCUACCGAAGCUUUCAGCGUGGUUCGGCGGCAUGCGCGAGGAUCCGGCGGUGAAACAGGUGUCGGUCAGUGACGAGCUUCUCCGCAGAUUUGCGAGGAACAUGGAUAAAGAGGAGGCACAAUUGUACGAGUGAACUACCUUCUAAUCAGCUCCUUUUUAAAAUAUUUUAAAGAGCUAGAAUAAAUUAAAAGUUAUUGAUUAAAGUUAA